AUGUUCAGACUGGGCGAGUUCGUCAAGGCUGCUGAGAGGUACGAUAUCACCCUUCUUCAUGCCGAGGAUGACACAGAUAUUCCCAUGGAGCAUUCCAUCAAGCUUUACAGGGAAGCUGUCCAAGCUGCAGAGGGUGUCAAGGACUCGGCCGAGAAUGAUGGUGAGCUCCUCAGCAGAAUUAGCAGUGUCGAAAAAGGCCGCGGAGCAGGGGGCUCAAUCACCGUCUGGCCUACCAGCAAGGGAAACAUUAGACUCGAAAUUUUAAAGUACGGAGUACAUGACAAGAUCAUGGCAUAUCCCGCGACUGGGCUUGCGAUCAGCCGGGCGUUCGCUUCGGCACAGCAAUAG